GAUGAUGUCCUUGGUGCCUGCUACAGAGGAUGCAGACUAUUCUCCAUCUGUCACUUUGUGGAUGUCAUUGCUGAUCUUAACACAACAAGAGCUGAAUGCGAGUCAGCCUGUGCUGAAGCGUAUGCCAAAACCGAAGAGCAGAAUGGUUGUACUACAGGAUGUAGAAAACAGCUUGCUGAAGCUGAAAGUCAGAAGGAAAAGAUCCUGGACUUCCGAAUUCCUUCAUCUUUUUCCAUGUUUGACCUGAUCUCUGGGUUCUGCAGCGACCUCGUAAGCUCAGCUCAAAGCUUUAUCUCUUCCACUUGGACUUUCUACCUGCAGUCUGAUGAUGGGAAAGUUGUGGUAUUCCAGUCUCAGCCAGAAGUGGAAUACCCAGUGCUAGAGCUUCAAGCUCCAAGAUCAGAGGUCACUGAUAAGAACUGGCUUUCUUCCCGAUUUAAUACCCUGAAGCCAAGCACAGGCAUUCGAGAAAAAGUAGAGAAGACUUCAGGAAAAGAAUCCAGAAUAAAACACAAGUUGUCCAUUUGGAAACUCCACAAUCUGAACAUGAUUUUCUGGGGUGUAUGUCCAAACGAUCUGGAUUACCUAGGUGGAUUCUGGCUGCCUGCUUGUUCCUCUCUAUUAUGGUGAUGCUCUGGCUUAGCUGUGCUAGUUUGGUGACUGCACCUGAUCAGCAUGUUAAGGCACAGCCAUUGAGCAUAAAUGGUGACAAAGAAUACCUGGAAGACAUGGAAAAGCCGGAACCUUUCCCUCUGCCACCUGUUGUUGCAGUUACUAUCUGCCCAACUGAAGAGAGCGAGGAGGCUGGGCCACUGCCAGUGAAAGUGGACCUUGGCAAAACUAUAAUCUAA